AUGAGGAGAAAAUCCGACAAGGAUCGCGCUUCCUCCAAAGACCGCUCCCUUUCCAAAGACAAACAUGCCAAGGACCGGCCGCAGACACCGCUGCUGCAGAAGCAGAUCAAGCUGGGCAUGAUCAUGGAAAGCCCUCCCGUCUUGUUCAUCGGAUCGCCAACGCAAUCCACCGGCGCCCUCAUCUCCGGCCGUUUGCAACUCACCCCCCUCGUCUCUGAAUCCAUCAUCGAGACCAUGAUCAUGUCUCUCGAAUGCGUGACCACCACCAAACGCCCCGUACAGGAUCGGUGCCGCGAGUGCUUGACCAACGUCAGCGACUUGUACGAGUGGAAGUUCCUGACCAAACCAAAGGUCCUCAACCAGCUCGACGGCGUCCAGGAAAUGCCCUUCUCCCACAUGAUCCCCGGCCAUCUGCCCGUCACCACUCACGGCCACAUUGGAAGCCUCGACUACUAUCUGCACGUUCGCGCGCGCACCAGCGACGGGCAGGAAGUGGAAUUCCGCCGCGACCUCAUCAUCCAACGCGCCCUCGUCCCCGGCCCGGACAAGCACAGCAUUCGAAUCUUCCCCCCCACCAGCCUGCAAUUGCAAGUCACCCUCCCCAGCAUCGUCCAUCCCCUCGGAGAGUUCCCCGUCGAAUGCAAGAUGACGGGGAUUGUGAGCAAGAAAGACGACACCCAGAUCCGAUGGCGCCUGCGCAAACUCACCUGGCGCAUCGAGGAAGUCGAGUCCAUGAUCUCGCCCGCCUGCCCGAAACACGCGGGCAAGGUCGGCGGGCAGGGCAAGGGGGUGCAGCACGAGCAAACGCGCGAGGUGGGGUGGGAAGAGCUCAAGCAGGGCUGGAAGACGGACUUCACCGAGGGCGCAGUGGAGGGCGAGUUCAAGGCGUUUGUCGACGCCGCCAUGAAGCCCAACUGCGGCAUGGACUCGCCCAACGGCCUGAAAGUCUCCCACAACCUCAUCAUCGAGCUCGUCAUUGCCGAGGAGUGGUCGUCGCUGCGCAAGCCCGGCAACCCCACCCCCACUGGCGCCGCGAGGGUGCUGCGCACGCAGUUCGCGCUGAACGUGACUGCGCGCGCCGGCAUGGGCCUCGCGUGGGACGAUGAGAUGCCGCCGAGCUACGAAGACGUCCCCGACUCGCCGCCGCAUUACAAGAACGAGCACACCACGAUCCAGACCUACGAAGGCGACGAUCUGCACUUGGACGUGGAUCAUUUGACGUUGGGUUCAUAA